GUGGACCCCAUACCAAGUUCCUCAUUAGCUUUACGCGGCGAUCGUCCGUUGGCUUUCGCACUCCAGCAGUACCGACUUAAAGUGCGUUCAUUAGCCGUUGAGUCUGACUUCCAGGUAAUGUAAUUACUGGUCCCCUUUACAGUUGACGACUUUGGAUGCUGGCGGUGACGUUAAAGUCUCGGUCACCGUGAACUCAGCGACCAGAUGAAGCUGCCUGCUGCAUAAGCAUCUAGUACAUCAUCAAACCCAAGAUUAACACAUCGAAUCAGAUGGUCACGUCCAGAAAAAAACCGCCAUAAUCUUUAGAAGUCUUGUGAAAAUAAAGAAAGAAAAGGCAUUGUUUCCGGAGAAAGGCUUUUGAGGUUAUGAGUCUUCGAAAACUGUCUUCCUUAGAUAACAUUCUGCGAUUUGUUAUUCAGCGUGUAAUAAGCAACAUUCCCAUCUCGGAUGUAAACAUUUUAACCUCGAUGUGUGAAUAGGUGCCCAACGGUCAGUUGGCAUUAGUUUGCCUAAAUCUAUCCCCGAAGUUGAAACGAAACGAUAAACCAGUGAAAGAGAAACUUGCUUCUCCAUUUCAGUUAUAUUUCUUCACCUUCGCCAGAAAGACAGCUUCGAUGGUGCUCUUCUGAACCACGAGAAUUUGGCGGCGGCGGGAUUCAAUUAAACUUUCCUGACAGGAUACGUUUGGAGAAACUGUAGAUGAUUUGUUGUUUACGAAACGGUUUAUCAAUGUCUGGGCGAUGGAAGGAAGGGCGAGAAUUCUGCUUCAAGUCUUAUCUAUAGCUGUGUUCUGUAUAUCGAUCAGCCGAUCUCAAAUAGAAAAUACUUCAUCGCCAGCUCAGUGCCACUUCGAAGGGAAAGAUUAUCAAGAGGGAGCUAGAUACAAAUCACAGCUCGAUCCUUGUAUCAGAUGUCGAUGUAAGGAUGGAGAAUCUGAAUGUUCUUUAAAGGCUCGGAGUGCAUGUAAACCGGUGACAUGUGAGAAUCCCAUUAUCAGCCCAGGAAAAUGCUGCCCAAGAUGUCCAGGACCAAACUCAAGGCACAAAGCAGAUCCAACUCCUCCACCGACACCAGGGGAAGGAGAAGGAAUGACCACUGUAUCUUCUUCUGGCUCUAGCAUCUUGAUAAUGAGAUUACCACCACCACCGAUUAUACCACCACCUCCCCCUUCUGGAGUCCUUGGUUUUGAUCUUCAUAACGACACAUUCAUUCCAACAACCAUGAUGCCUCCAGCCCCACCAUCACCACCACCGCCACCUCCACCGACAGAUCCAGAUACGACGACGACUACCAUGCCGACUACCACGGAUGAUGGCGUAUGUACCAUGUCAUGCGUGGGUAUGCAGGGAGAACCUGGUCCGCCCGGAAGGAGAGGGAGAAAAGGAGAUACAGGCGAUAUAGGACCAAAGGGUGAACCAGGGGAACGAGGACUAGAUGGGACAGACGGUAUGCCCGGUGCACAGGGACCACAAGGACCAGAGGGUCCAAUAGGAUUACCAGGUGUGGUCGGAAUGCAAGGACCAAGAGGAACAAAAGGAGCAAUAGGAAGUCCAGGCAGAAGGGGACGUACUGGAUCCGAUGGUGAGCCAGGGCCACAGGGACCGAAGGGAAUGAUGGGUAUUCAGGGACCACAGGGACCUCGGGGUCCGCCAGGAAUAGGUCAGAAUGGCGCACCUGGUCCUGCAGGUCCCCGCGGCCCACCAGGAAUACAAGGAAGUGUCGGAAAGCGUGGCUUGACUGGACCCCCUGGACCACCCGGUCCAAAAGGAGACCCGGGAGAUUUUGUUACUCAGGGGCGCAUCUUGAUUGUGCCUGAUGAGAACGCAAUGAACAGCAUCAGCGAAGAAGCGGCCCUCGCCUACCGCCUGGACGACAGGAAGCUCUACUUCCGGGAUAACGCCAACUGGAACUGUCUGAUGGCAUCCUCCGAUCUUCUGCAGGAAGUAAAGACAAUGCGUGGACCUCCAGGCCGUCAGGGGAUGCCAGGGCCACAAGGGCCCAGAGGAGAGAAGGGUGAAAAGGGCGACUCUGGCUCUGACACUGAUAUCUUGAUCCCGGGACAGGAGGUUGAAUGUGGCAACGGAAUCAUGGAACCGGGCGAACAAUGUGAUGACGGGAAUGAAGACAUCCACGAUGGCUGCAUUGAUUGUAGACGAUCCUACUGUGGUGAUGGCUAUCGUCAACGCGGUGUUGAAGCGUGUGAUGGAACCGACUUUGAUGGAAAAACAUGUCAAUACUUCUUCCCAAAAUACGACACAAUUGGCUCUCUGCGAUGUACAAACAGAUGUCAGAUUGAUACGGGUGGAUGCAAGGUAGUGAGAAGAAAGAGAAGAAACUUACAGACGCCGUGAUCACAUAGACCACCACGAUGGACGUUCUUCGCAUUCUUCAUCACUUCAUGCCCUAAAA